AUGCGCAGUUGCAUGCCGCCCAUGGCGUGCGGGGGCGGUGCCACGGGGGCGGGGGAGUGCACUGGGAGCUUCUCUUCCGUGAGCAGCACGGGGGAGGGGCUGGGGGAGGAGUUCCGGCUGCCGUUCCUGGCCAUAAGCCCGCCGGAGAUCGGUGAAGACGACGGCGAUCUCCGGCUCGUGAUCGCCGGCACCUCCGACCCGCUGUCCGCCCCGCCGGCCACAACGACCAAGAAGAAGAAGAGAUGCCUUCCCGGGACUCCAGACCCGAGCGCGGAGGUGAUCGCGCUGUCGCCGCGGACGCUGAUGGCGACGAACCGGUUCGUGUGCGAGAUCUGCCACAAGGGCUUCCAGCGGGACCAGAACCUGCAGCUGCACCGGCGCGGCCACAACCUGCCGUGGAAGCUGCGGCAGCGCGGCGCCGAGGGCGGGGCGGCGCCGCGGAAGCGGGCCUACGUGUGCCCGGAGCCGGCUUGCGUGCACCACGACCCCCGGCGCGCGCUGGGCGACCUCACCGGCAUCAAGAAGCACUUCUGCCGCAAGCACGGCGAGAAGAAGUGGAAGUGCGACCGCUGCGCCAAGCGCUACGCCGUGCACUCCGACUGGAAGGCCCACGCCAAGGUCUGCGGCACCCGCGAGUACCGCUGCGACUGCGGCACCCUCUUCUCCAGGAGGGACAGCUUCGUGACGCACCGGGCCUUCUGCGACGCGCUGGCGCAGGAGAACAGCAAGCUGGCGCAGCCGGCCAUGAACAUGGCCACGGUGGCCUCGGCGCUCCAGGGCCAGCAGCACGCUCACCACCACCACAACCUCAUGCUGCCGUCCACCCACGCCGACGACCUGGACAUGGACGCCGACGAGGCGUCCGCUUACGAGCCGGACAUCAAGAGCCCGCACCUGAAGAUGUUCUCCGACUACGACGCCGACGCAGCCGCCGCCGACAACCCGCUGGGCUGCAUGCUCUCCAGCCUCGGCGCUACCCCGACCGCCUUCAGCCCGAGCAGCAGGCUCAGCAUGCUGGGCCUGCAGGCAGGGCCGAGCGACCCCGCCGCAAUCGGCGGCUGCUACUCCCCGGGAAACAACGGCCUGGCGAGCAUGUCCGCCACGGCGCUGCUGCAGAAGGCGGCCCAGAUGGGCGCGACGACGUCGAGUGGCUACGGCGUGAGCUUCACCCCUGGCCACCCGGGCCUCGCGUCCACCAUGGCCGGGCUCGACCGCCUUCCUUGUACCGCGGGCCCGUUCGGGCCGACGAGAGCCUACGGCACGUACGACGGGGUGGUCGGGUUCGGCGUCGGCGGGCUGAUGCCUGGCCAGCUCUACAACGACGCAGCCAACGGUAGCACGACGAGGAACGUUGGACCGGCGGCCAGCGGCGCGGACAACCCGAUGGAUGAUGAGCGCCGGCGAGGCGCCGACAACGGCGUGCGCGUGGUGGACUACAUGGGCGUCGAGCACCAGAGAACAAGCUACGGUAGCGUGAGUAGCGCCAGCCCGUUCCCGGAUCACACGGGCCCGUGGGCCUAG